GGGAGCGCCCCUCACGGGGCGGUGGCAGCCGGCUGCCCGCCCAGCGGGAACGGCCGGAGCACCCUCGUCUGCCGCGUUGUGCAAUGUACCGUCAAGCACAUCACAACGUCAGGCCGUUGCCCGCUCUUGGGAGUGGCGCAGGAGGUGUGCGAUCUUCACGACGUUUUAGUGCUUGGGGCCAGCUUUUGCCUUUCUCACGCCAUGAGAAGGUUUUUCUUACGACGUAGUUUGUUAAUCCUUUGAACCGAAGGGUUUUCUUCUUGGUACUUUGGUCAAAUUUUAUUUACUGCUGGUGUUUUCAGUGGAGGAGUGCUCCUGGCUGCUGGUAAAUCAACAACCCACACCAUUAUCAAAAGAGAUUGAAGUUCAGCCAGGCAAUAAAAAGAUUUUUAGAAGAAAAAUGAAUCUGUGUCUGGAAUUGCUGCUGUUUUUAGCAAUACUGAUCUACUCCUACCUAGAAGCUUUCUUGAAGCUUUUUAUUCCUGUGAAGAGAAAAUCAGUCUGUGGAGAGAUUGUUCUGAUUACUGGUGCUGGCCAUGGAAUAGGGAGAGCUACUGCCUGCGAGUUUGCCAAGCGUCAGAGCAGAUUGGUUCUGUGGGACAUCAACAAGCAUGGUAUUGAGAGCACAGCAGCAGAAUGCAAAAGGCUGGGAGCCACUGUUCAUGCUUUUGUGGUGGACUGCAGUAAAAAGGAGGAAGUCUACAGUACUGCAGAAAAGGUGAAAAAGGACAUUGGAGAUGUCUCCAUCUUGGUGAAUAAUGCUGGUGUGAUUACAGCUGCAGACCUGCUCUCAACUCAGGAUCAAGAAAUUGAAAAAAUGUUUGAAGUGAACAUUCUUGCUCAUUUCUGGACAACAAAAGCUUUUCUGCCAACAAUGAUGAACAACAACUAUGGUCAUAUUGUCACAGUGGCUUCAGCAGCAGGUCAUGCUGUAACUUCUUUCAUGCUGGCUUACUGUUCAAGCAAGUUUGCUGCAGUUGGAUUUCAUAAAGCUCUAACAGAAGAAUUGUCUACACUGGGGAAGGAUGGAAUAAAAACAUCUUGUCUUUGUCCAGUUUUUGUCAAUACUGGCUUUGUGAAAAACCCAAGUUCAAGGUUUGGAAAUGUUUUAGAAAUUGAAGAAGUUGUAAACAAACUGAUGGAGGGAAUACUGACCAAUCAGAAAAUGAUUUUUGUUCCGUCAAAUCUAAGAAUUGCAUUAUUUUUUGAAAAGUUGUUGCCAGAACGUGCUUUGGGAGUUCUGAAAAAAAUGGAUUCUAUUAAGUUUGAUGCGGUUAUUAGAAAAAGUGGCAGGGAGCAGCAGGACUGGAGAUGCACUGGCAAGCCAAGAGCUGAGGGUUACCACAGGGCAGGCAACUCACCGACAGGGUGCUGCCCCACAGUUCCCAAACAAGGAGAACAGAGCACAUCCUGUGAUGGUAACCAGGGUCAGCUGGUCUACCAAUCAUCACACCAGUCCAUAGUGACAAGGCUGGUCCAAGGUCAAGCCAGGAAGUUACAUCAGCAAGACAUGGACAGGAUCAACAAGGUGCUUCUCUGCCUUCCCUGCCUCUGCAGUCUCAACCAGAGCACUGACUGGAGCCACGUGCCAGGAAAAUGACAGCACCACUGAGCUGCAGAAGUAGUCUGGCUGAACCACUGAUGUCUUAAUUGAAAACAGAAAGAGUUCCAAGGGAAUAGGAAGAAAUGUCUCUCUCUGCUGGAAUCAACUCAGUCUCCCACAGACAAGAUGAAUAACUAUGCAGCCAAAGCACUGGGAUGCUGAUUAGAAAUCUAUGGAGCUCCCUCCCCAACUCUUGCAGCCGUUCCACUUGAAGACAGAACAAGAUUGCAAGGACCCUUCUGGAGCUUAUGUACCAGGGACAUAAUGGAUUCACAAAGCUGCCUCUGCGACCACCCUACCAGCUAACACAGAGGCUGUUCCCCGGUAGGGGAAGAAAGGAAGAGAAGUAUUGACACUAAAGACUAGACUGCUUUUUUAUUAGGGCAGAUAUAGCCAAAAAGUUUGUAGCACACCUGCCUAGCAAAAGGUUUAUCUGCUAGAGAUUUUGGAAUAUAACAUAAAUGAGAUCAGUUUACCAUAUCUAAGAGAAUUCCACUCAGAGUGAUCUUGGCUGGCUGUGUAGGUGAUAUCAAUAUGUUUGGCUGGAGCUAUCUGAGCAACUGCUCAGUCUUUUUCUCCAACGUGUGAGAUUUAAAUGUCCCAGUGUACGGUAAAUCAGACUGCUUGUGGGCGCAAACAGGAUCCCAGACCCAUUCCUCCCCGUUCUCUUACCACAGAUGCUCUGUGCCAUCUGUCUUCCAUCUUCCUCACAAGUUUCUCACCUCAGGUCAGAUGAAGCUGCUACAUCAGUGUCCUUAGAAGCACAGUCCCUGGCACUGCCUUGAGUGCUGCUGAGUAUGCAGCUAGCAAACCAGCAGAGCUGGUUACAUUGCUGCCUUACCAGAGAUGUAUCACACGGUCAGCUUGCCUUGUCAGAGCCAUGACUUACUUGCUUCCACACCGACAGUCCUGGCAGAGCAGCAGACCCACAAAAACUUAAUGAGAAAAGAUUUGGGGGGUUCAGGCUUUCAGGGUGCCCAGAAGCCCAGGGAAUCAUCUGGCCUGCUUCUGCCUACAGUUAGCAAGCACCAUACCUGCUGAGCUAACCCACAGUCUGAAUACGUCUGUCUCUUGGGCUAGACCCAAGCCAUAGGCCAGAGACUGGGGACUUCUGGCCCAGACUGUGGACAAAUGAAUAUAGAAAGCUCAAGAAAUGCACCUGAUGCAAGUAGUAACUGUAACUAUUUCAGAAAGAAAAGCAAAAUUCAGACUUAAAAUAUGACAGGAACAUGGGCCUUACAUUAAAAGGUCUCAUGCUUUCAAGGAGAAAAUAGCUGUCAUUGGGUCAGGACUAUAAAGUUUGUCUCCAGCAUCCACAAAUUUUAAAACUAGGAUAGCUUAAGUUGUCCUAGGGCAAGUUAAAUCUAUAAUCAUAGCUUUCCCCAUGUUCUUCUAUUAUGACUUUGGGCUCCAGAGGGGGAUAAAACCCAUUGAAUUUGAAUCUAGUAAGUAAAUGAGUAAUAGAGAUUACAGAUAUGAUCACACAACCAAAUUACUAAGCUGUAAACCUGGGCGUUCCAGCACAGUACAUAUUCUGCUCUAACUUCCCUUUUGCUCCUUCAGACUGCGGGGGUACCCUGCAGGCAGCAUUAGCCUCGAUGGAAGAGACCUUAGCUGCCUGGCCAAGCAAGAAAAGAAGAACAAGCAUACUGCUAUGAUUAUUACAGAGUAUAUCAUGUUUGUAAGGCUAAAUACCAGUUCACUCUCCUUUCCCAUAACAUUUUUUCAUGUGCCCAUUCCCUAAGAUUUACUCUUCCUAUUUCCAGUCCUCACCAAAUCACCAAACCCAGAACGAGCCCUGUGAUACAGGACGUUCCCAGGCACCACACAACAAUGUGGAAGUCACCAUGUACAGGGAGCAAAAGUAACUGCAGUGCUGCUGCAGCAAAGCACCCAGUGGUUCUACGGACCUGCUACAAACUAAACAGAGCAGGACUGGGCUCCCUCAUUUCUUCCUAACACUCACAUACAAGUUAGAGAUAGUUUUUGCAAAAAAAUCUUACCUAUACUUAGAAGUGCCCUUUUAGGUCAUGCAGCACUACACAUCAGUUCCUGUGAAUUCAAUAAAUACUUUCAGCCAAAAUAUGUGGGGAACAUUUUGUAGGGGAAAAAAAAGAGCUAAGUUUAAUUUUAAGGAGUAAUAGGAAAAAAAUACAUUUUUUUUUUUUUUAAUUAAGCCACAAAGACAGGAUAUGCUAGCACUGGCAUGAAAAAAAAUCUUUAAUCUUGGAUAUCAUAAAACAGAUCUUGCUAUGCAAAGACUCUUCAUCUUAUACAUACUGGCUUGCUGUUUAUGACAGCCCUCUAGCCUGGUUUCCUGGGUUUGGCCAAGGAAGCUCAGCUAUCUUGGGCACACAGCUAACAGGCUACAGGACACAUCGGGAUCCCUAAAUAGUCAAAAUGAAAAUAAGACUUAACAGAAUUGCUUGUUAUAACGUUUUCAGCCCUUUCGUGAUUAUUCAAAACCUUGUAACCUUUCCAAAAAGCACUGCCUUUUCCUGUCUGUACUGUACACACUGAUUGGGAAUACCAUGGAAAUGCAAAUUGAUCAAUAACAACUCAUUUACUGUGACAAGAACCAUGAGUAACAAAUACUGAUGUAGCAUUGCAUAGCAGGGGGAAUCUUGUAAACUUCAUUGUAGGAAUUUUUAAAGAGUACAAGUGGAGUAAGAACAUUCUACUGCAAAAGAGCAAAAUGUAUUUCUUUACAAGAACAAAGAAUGUAACAGCAGAAAAGGUCUGAUAUUAACAACACUGAGUAACACAGGCAGAGUGCCAGCUAACAUAGCUAUGUUUCUCUGAGGAUUCAAGUGAGUAUCUCAGGCCUAUACAGAUACUUUGUUAAGGAUAAGCCUUUCAUAUCUGUUACUUAUAAUGGUUGUACAUAUCAGAAAUGAGUAGUCAAGAAUCAUUUGAAAUGCAACAUUUUGUAGAAAUAAUUUAUGCUGUUUAUGUAUUUCUUUUACAGAUAAAGAAUUUCUGACUCAGAAGGACUAUUUUUGUUCCUAAUUCAAAUGCUUACCCAGUAACCAACUUAGU